AUGGAUAGACACGGCUCGCCCAGCCUGGGGCCGCGCAACGACGCCUCCUCCCGCAUCACCAAGCCCGACGCCGGUGGUGGCGCCGCCGCCGACAAGCUGGCCGCCCUCAAGGCCCGCGUCGCCGCUGCCAUCUCCGGCUCCGGCUCUGCCGCCGCCUCCGCCUCCGCCUCCGCCCAGACCCAGCAGAAGAAGGGCCUGAACGUCGAGCUGCACCCGGCCCUCGCCGACACCUGGAAGCCCGCCUCCUCCUCGAGAGCCAACGAGGCCAAGCAGCAGUCCCGGCCCAGGCAGCCCCAGGCCGGCCAGUCCAAGCCCCAGAAGCCGGACGAGGCCAAGUCGAAUCCCUACUUCAACCCCAGCCUGCAGGGCCCCCAGCAGCGCCAGCCUCGCCAUCUGCGCUUCCACGAGAAGGGCAAGUUCAUCGAGCAGGGCCAGGCCCUGCGGAGGCAGGCCAAGCUCGAGGAGCUCAAGAAGCGCAUCGCCUCGACCAGCAAGCGCGCCGGCAUCGACGAGGACGCCGACGUCGAGAAGAACUUUGUCGUCGACGCCCCGCCCGACGUCGAGUGGUGGGACGAGGGGCUCCUGGUCGACAACAGCUACGACGCCCCCAAGCUCGACGGCCCGGACGCCAUCGUCACCCCCUACAUCCAGCACCCCGUGCAGAUAGAGCCCGACGGCCCCGAGGUUGUCGUCAAGCCCAUGUACCUGACCGCCAAGGAGCAGAAGAAGAUCCGGAGGCAGCGGAGGCACCAGGACAUGAAGGAGGAGCAGGCCAAGCAGCGCCUCGGCCUCCUCCCCGCUCCCGUGCCCAGGCUCAAGCUGGGCAACAUGAUGAGGACCAUGGGAGAGCAGGCCGUCAAGGAUCCGACCCAAAUCGAGGCCAUGGUCAGAAGCCAGAUUCGCGAACGUGAGGAGACGCACCUGCAGAUGAACGCCGACCGCCAGCUCACCAAGGAGGAGAGGGAGGAGAAGCUGCAGCGCAACCAGGAGGCCGACGCCAACAAGGGCCUGCACCUGCUCGUCUUCAAGAUCAUGAACCUCAGCAACGGAUCCCACCGCUGGAAGAUCAACCGGAACAGCGAGGACCUCGGCGCCACCGGCCUCGCCCUCCUGAACCCGCGCUUCAACCUGGUCAUCAUGGAAGGCGGGCCCUACGCCAUACGCAAGCUUCGUCACCUGAUGGUCGACCGCAUCGACUGGGGCGAGAGCGCGCCGUCGCGUGUCGCCGAAGGGAAGAACGAGGGGCUCCGCGAGUGGCUGAAAGCCGAAAACGAAGACGGCUCCCUCAAGGACCUGAGCGCCAACAAGUGCGUGUUGUUGUUCGACGGAGAAGUCAAGACCAGGGCAUUCAAAAAGUUCUCCUCGCGGGUUACCGAGAGCGACAGCGAGGCACGCGAGUUCUUGGCGCGUGUCAAGAUGGAAAACUUCUGGAAUCUGGCCAAGUCGACUAGCUAA